AUUCAACCGCACAGCUGGCUACCGCUUACCUUCUCCACACACCUGCAACGAAAUCACGGAUAUCCCACGAGGACUUACGCGGUAUAUCGAUUCCACCUGUUGCAAUAUUGAGCUAGGGGCACGUCGAUAUUAAGGUUUCCAGGACAUACAGUUGCUGCUUCACAGGAUUUCUUGCUUCCUGUAGAGGAUAUCCUCCCGUCACUGCUUGGAUCUGUCGCUUCGUCAUGAGGAUUUAGCUGGCAUGCUAGUCGCUUGUUCGUCGCUCAACCUUAGGUCUUGAGUUCUGAACUCGGAUUCUUCCCUAUUCUCUUCGACCCAUCGACAGCCUAACUAUCCUUCCGAUCGAUUCCUAUCAUGGGUCUCCCACAACCCAUACAUCCCUUAAGUGGCCACUGUUCUGUCAUACAUAAUGACACCCUUUACGUAUACUCUCCCGCCGGAUUCCAGUCGCUCGAGUUGGUUGAAGGAGCCAAGUGGCAAGAAUUACCUAUGGAUGUGUCAUUAACAGGCGCGCAGUGUGUGAAGGCGGUACCUGGCGGGGAUCCAAAUGCAGCACUUCUUUACGUUGUUGGAGGUUCUGUGAACGAGACUGCGUCAUCGUGGGAUUAUCCAGGAUUAAUGCAUUAUUCGUUCAACCAAGAGAAGUGGGAUUGGGUCAGGCCGGAGACUUGGGUCACGCAAAAUCGACAGAACCACGCCGCAGUUUACCUCAAUGCUUCGCAAUCGAUACUCGUCUAUUCAGGAUCCCAAACUACUGGAGAUAACGGCCCUUCCUCUUCGACAUUCGUCAUAUCGACGACCCCUCCCUUUAACGUUCGAAGUGGUGUCGCAGCCGGUAACCCUGCUGCGGUGAAACCAAUGCUAAUGCCCUGGGAUGAAAGCCACGCUGUGAUGUUUGGCGGAGGAGCUCAAAAUGAAGAAGUGUUCUUGUACAGUAUUGAAGCAGGCUGGCAGAAUCUCGGUACAACACUUACGGAGCCAAUCACGAAUAUGGAUGCCGUCCAAUGCACAGUAGUGUCUGGAGACGAUGGAAGCAAAGUCCUGGAAAGAUACGACAUGAGCGUAACCCCCAAUAAAGUAACUCGGUUUGCUUUGCUCAAUCAAGGUGGAACUGUGGCCGCCCCUGGAACGAUUGUUGGCGAGAAAGCAAAACGAAUCACUAUCAAUGACUGGCCAGCUUAUAAUGGAACCCUUGCGCCAACUGCCACAAGAGCGGGCUAUUCUAUUGCACAAGACUUGAAUGGCGUCGCCGUAAUCACUGGCGGUAGUGAAGAAGACCCCUUAUGCAUAUUCGACCAAAAAGCGAAUGCCUGGGUCAAUGCGACUGAACUCUUCAAUGGCCAAGAAGUCGUCAUCUCAUCAACUCCCUCCAGCACUUCCUCAUCCACAACCCUACCAACAUCAACUACGCCAUCGGCUACCGAGUCGUCGACUGCCGCGGCUGCAGCCCCCGCCACAACGCCUGUCAACAACAAGAGCAGGAUGUUGACAGUUCUGGGAGCUACUCUCGGAGCUAUAUUUGGUAUUGCCGCGAUCUUAAUCCUGCUGCUUUUCUGCAUGAAGUACAAGCGAGAGAAGAGAAAGAAGGCCCAGCAGUCUGGGUAUAUUGAGAAAGAUCGCCUAAGUUUCGCCGAUCGCGGAGCAGAAUUUAUGAGCGAAGCGGGCGGGUCAGUUGGACAUAACUACUCCGCAUCCAUGAAUGCAUCGCAGAGCUCAUUAGCUAUAAUUAGUGGUCGAGGAGGGAUGAAUCACAAAAGAGGGUUGGGUCCCCUGGGGAGUGAUGCAAGCACGGCAGGACUGGUCACGAAAAAGAGCCCUCUCGGAUACUCUGAACCUGUGGAGAUGUCCAAAUUCGACAUGAAGCCAGCCCCCAUCGUCACCGAGAAGUCAGUUGAGAAGAAUAUCAUGCCACAGCCGGCAUCCCGAGCAACCGCGAAUAUUGGAAGGAGUCGCAGUUCUGGGUGGAGUCGGUAUUUUGCAAAUAACGAAGCUACGAACCUUGCCCAUAUGCCAUCUGGAAGAUCGACAUAUGCUUCCGAGCGCACUAGUACCGGUAGCCAGUCACUAUACACUGAUUCGCGUAUGUAUAGCCAGCCAUCUCAGACUGUGCCUCCGCUUGAGUUGAAUUUUACAAAAUUUGAUGGCCAGCGCCUCAGUCGAGUAGCAACCGGAAGUCCAACACUCGGUAAUUCUCAAGAAAACUUGCCCAGUCAACCAAUGCAAGCAGAAAUUGCCCGAGCCAAUUCUAAUGGAAGCUCACGGUCUGGUGUCAGCCACGACGAUCACUAUGCCCGAGUGCCAGUAGAAAGCUGGACACCGAUGGGUAAUGCUAAUUACGACAAUCGACCAGCCUCCAGUAACUACACGAAUAGCGUUGUCGACCAGAACCGAGACGGGGCAAGUUCUUACUACCAUGACGGCACAAGCUCCUUCUACCCGAAGAGCAACUACAGCUCCUUCUACCCUGGCCAGCCGCGACUUGGUGAACCAGAGGAUCGAGACAGCACGGUCACGGUCUUCCCGCGUGGUGUCCCAGAUAAUUCUGGUCCGCCCCGCCCAAAGGAUGCGAAGCAAGACAUGUCUUGGUUAAACCUAGGCGCUGGGGCACACUGAACCACACAAAUAAAGUGAUCAAGACGCCUACCUUACCAUCGUGGAUGAGAUUCACGCGACCAUAAUGACUCUUCAUUCCUAAGGGGAUUCUUUUCAUCUGCCUCUUCCUUCCGAGCCAGGAUUGGAUUUAUACGGCGGAUUUCUGCAUAC